CACCGACCUUGCUACCUCCUCGUCUUUCCCCCAGCAUUAAUUGCCCUCCCCUCAUGGCCGCUUCCGCCUCCGCCUCCUCUCCCUAUCCCCUCCGCCUCAUCGUCUAGCCGCAGGACUCUCCUCCUGCUUAACCCUCAAGAUUUCUCCCUCCUCUUAACCGACCGGGAUCCCCUCUCCCCCACUUGGGCUGGGCACCUGCUUGCUAUAUAUACACACACCACCGAUCCUGCCGCAUUCGUCCCCUUAGCAUGCUCGCUUCGGUUCUUGGAUUGAUCGAUGGAUUCGGUGCCUCCUUCUUCCUCUUCUCCGGCUUUGCCCGCAGCCGCCGACUCGGGCUCCUGCUGCUGCUUUGACGCGCUGAGGAGGGCGUGCGGCAGGUACGCCGCCGUCGCCGCGCGGGCGGCCGGGUGGGCGCUCGGUGCGCUGUUCACCUGCGUCUUCGCCGUUGUGGGCUCGCUGGUUGGAGUCUUCAUCGGUGCCUUCAUGGGGAUGUCCAUGGAAUGCGGCAUGUUCCGGGGGGCUGGCGUGGGAGCAGUCUCCGGCGCAGUCUUCUCCAUUGAGGCUGUUGAAUCGUGCAUUGAAAUUUGGAGAUCCAGCAAUUCAGGAAAAUACAGCAUUCUCUUUGUGCUGGAUAUCAUCUCUAGCCUCUUCAGCGGAAGAAUUGUGUGGGAGAAAGUUAGUCCAGCACUGCAGCGUGCAGUGCAAAGCCAGAUGAGUCUACUGAGUACACCAUUCAUGGACAACAAUGACCUUUUUGAAACUGGAAGUACAGGCGGCAUGUCAAAGGAUUUGAUCAGCAGGAUCCCAAAGAUGUGGUUCGGUGCUGCAAGCAAUUGUGAUCAGGAAACUGAUAGCAGCUGCUGUUCAGUCUGCCUUCAGGAUUUCGGAGCACGACAAUUUGUAAGAGUAAUGCCUCAGUGCCAGCACAUAUUCCAUGUGCGAUGCAUCGACAGUUGGCUCCUCAGGCAUGCUUCCUGCCCCCUAUGCCGGGCUGGUGUUCAUAUAGAUCAUAUACAUAUGUAAACAAACUCGCGGGAUGGCACCUGGUGUAUUUUUCAUAGCAAAUACCCGUGCUCCUGUUUGAUAUCCUAAAUAUAGUCUUGAAUACAUAGGUCUUCUUCUUUCUCUUACUUUUUCAGUAUUCUGUGGUGCUAUGCUUUCAGCCGCGCGUUUUUGUCACAUUAAUGUAAUUCUGAAAAUGGACUGGCUAUCAAGCUCUCUGAAUUUUGGACA